AUGACAGCUUCGGAAUUUUUAAGUGUGUUUAAUAAAUUUUUUAUCCUUAACGUAUCACCAAAUUCUUCCCCUAAAUCUGAUAAGAAAUUUCCUGGAUCUCAUAGUGAAGAUUUAAAUCUGAAAUUUCGACCUAGUAGAAAAAGAUUUUUAAUUUAA